AUGGUGACAGCCCAAGAUAUUGCACAUCAUCUUCAGCUCUUGACUUCAAUUCCGGUAGAUGUGGAUAUAUCCACAAGUGAACAAAUAAUCAAGUAUGGACCAGCCAACGAUGCUGUUAUUUUAUCGUGUGGGUGUAUAGUAUCAGCUAAGCUUGCUCACAAAUUAGAAAGUUCGCCAAAAAAUACUCCUAAAUGCCCAAUAUGUUAUUCUUCCAAUAUCACCGUUCUUGCUAAAUGUAGCAAAUUAAGAGAUCUUAAUACUUAUUUAGUGAAAUUGACAGAUGAAUUGAGCAACGAGAAUUCGAUUUCAUCACUACAAGACCACCAGAAGGACACCUCAUAUAUCCCUCAUAAACCAACCAAAAAUAUAGAUUUGGCUAACACUGAUAGCACUGACAUGAGAUCAAUGUUUUCCAAUAUAAAUAUUGAUAGCAGCAGUUGUGUGUUGCCGCUGGAAAAGCAGCCCGCCUCCUUAAUUACUCAUGAAGCAAGGUCUGAUUCUGCCAACCUAACUUUUUUAACGGCGUUUCAUGAAGCACUUAUUGAAGCCGACAGCUCUUCUGUUGACUCUACUGUAACCGCAAAACCAUCUCCGUUAAACGCCAAGGAUUCAUUCAAUGUGCAUGAUUUCAAUCACUCACCGAAAAAUAGUCCUUCCCAUUCUCCAAAGUCAUUAUCAUUAAUCUCAUGUGCUGGUUCCCCACAUAAGCAACGACCUCGGCAUUCAUUCUCACAGAACACGUCCAAUUUAACCAGAAUGCUAACUACAAAUUCACAGGCUACAACAAAACAGCAAUACACAUCAAAACCAUCAAUUAAUAAAGAGUUUAUAUAUUCCAAAAACUUUCCCUUUUUUAGGAGAGUGCAUACAUUUAAUAUACAUAAUAGCAAUUUUUUUUUGAAGAACAAACUAUAUGUUCAAACACAUUUAUCUGCAGACCUAACAAAGCUAGUCUUAUUGAGUGAAAAAAAAUGGGAGGUAUAUUCCAUAGACACAGAGAAGCCUGAAGUCCCACCCAAGUUGUUGUGCUGCGGGAAAUCAGAUGCGUCGUAUGGUUCGGACUUCGAUCAUUUGAAGAAAAUGAACAAAGAACAGAUAUUAUCUAACUCCAAUAUUUCCAACAACAAGAAAAAUGCAUUGGAAUUACUUGAUAAUUGGGAACAUCUUAAUUGUCAAAUAACUAAAAAUUUACUAAUAAUUUCAGGAACCAGGGGUUUUUUGAGAGUCAUUGACAUUAACCAUAAGGGGAAAUGUAUUUUUACUUACCAAUGCAAUUUCCCUAUAAGAUGCCUAGACAUUUCACCUAACGAAGAUUUAAUUGCAUUAGGAAUCACAGGUAAGGACAAGUACACCCAAGUAGAACAGGCAGUUAUCAUUCUCUUGAAACUUGUUCCCAAAACUUCGAAAACACCUCUUCAAAUAUGCACAUAUCCCUUCUCUCUACCUCACCGAGAUCCCAUUGGGAAACUAAAAUUCUCUUCAGAUUCAAUAAUGUUGGCUGUUUCAACAGUAUUAGAGUCAAGAUUCUUGAUUAUCAAUCUAACGCAUCCUUCAAGGCCUACUUUAGUCAUGAAGUCCCAGCGAAGGUUGGACACUUCUUUAGAUAGUGAAGGCAUAACUGAUAUGGCAUUUUUCCCUGAUAACAGAUUGAUGACUAUAUGUUCUCUGUCUCAUAAUUCUGAACCUAUUAUCAUAGAUACUAAUAUUGCCUCAAUUUCAGGUCCCGACGGUAUUGCUAAACCUAAGUUGCUCAUGAAGAUAGAUGAGGUGGGUUCAACCAUUCAUAAAUGUUGCGUUUCUCCAAGAGGCGAUAGUGUGGCAUAUAUUAAUAGGAGCGGUAAUGUUUAUAUCAUGACAGCGCCUCGGAUGGAUGAUAAUGACAACCGGAGGGUAGUAUCUGUAUUUGAGGUGUCUAAUGCAACUAGGGUGAAAGAAGCAGCAUCUUUGAAGUUUGAUCCUGAUGGCUAUAAGCUAUACACUUUAGAUAGGAAAGGUGUUUUGACAAUCGCUGAUUUUACCGCUGGGACAGUCGAAGAUCACACAGUGACAAGAAGUAAGAUAGUGUCCUAA